UCAGGGUCUCUGCUCCUAGCCUGUGCUCACGGCGGCUGCUCAUAGACGGGUGGGAGGGAACCAAAGUCGCUGGGGUCCACCGCUCCAAGCGCGGGCGCAGCCUCCGCAGCCUACAAGUCUUCGUCGUUUGCUCCGGGCUCGCGAGUCCGGGGCCACUAGGGGCCGCGGAGCUGGGGGGUCGUUCGAGCUGCGAGGAUCCGGGCAGCCCGGGAGGCGAAGGGCGGGCGCCCAGGAUGGGAUGCGUGAAGUCCAGGUUCCUCCGAGAUGGAAGCAAGACCUCUAAAACAGAGCCAAGUGCCAAUCAGAAGGGCACUGUGUAUGUGCCGGAUCCCACGUCCUUCAGCAAGCUCGGGCCAAACAACAGCAACAGCAUGCCCCCAGGGUCUGUGGAGGGCUCUGAGGACGUCGUUGUGGUCGCACUGUACGACUACGAGGCCAUUCACCGUGAAGACCUCAGCUUCCAGAAGGGAGACCAGAUGGUGGUCCUGGAGGAGUCUGGGGAGUGGUGGAGGGCACGAGCCUUGGCCACCCGGAAAGAAGGCUACAUCCCAAGCAACUACGUGGCUCGAGUUAACACUUUGGAAACGGAGGAGUGGUUCUUCAAAGGAAUCAGCCGGAAGGAUGCAGAGCGCCACCUCCUGGCUCCGGGCAAUGUGCUAGGCUCCUUCAUGAUCCGAGACAGCGAGACCACCAAAGGAAGCUACUCAUUGUCCGUUCGAGACUACGACGCCCAGCACGGAGACACGGUGAAGCAUUAUAAGAUCCGGACACUGGACAGCGGAGGCUUCUAUAUCUCCCCAAGGAGCACCUUUGGCAGCCUGCAGGAACUUGUGGUCCACUACAAGAAGGGGAAAGACGGGCUCUGCCAAAAGCUGUCAGUGCCCUGUGUGUCUCCCAAACCCCAGAAGCCAUGGGAGAAAGAUGCCUGGGAAAUUCCUCGAGAGUCCCUCCAGAUGGAGAAGAAACUUGGAGCUGGGCAGUUUGGAGAAGUGUGGAUGGCCACCUACAACAAGCAUACCAAGGUGGCGGUGAAGACAAUGAAGCCAGGCAGCAUGUCUGUGGAGGCCUUCCUGGCAGAGGCCAACCUCAUGAAGGCCCUGCAGCAUGAUAAACUGGUGAAGCUACAUGCCGUGGUCUCUCAGGAGCCCAUCUAUAUCGUCACGGAGUUCAUGGCCAAAGGGAGCCUGUUGGACUUUCUGAAGAGUGAAGAAGGCAGCAAGCAGCCGUUGCCAAAACUCAUUGACUUUGCAGCCCAGAUUUCGGAGGGCAUGGCCUUCAUUGAGCAGAGGAACUACAUCCACAGAGACCUCCGGGCUGCCAACAUCUUGGUCUCCGCAUCGCUAGUGUGUAAGAUCGCUGACUUUGGCCUGGCGCGGGUCAUCGAGGACAAUGAGUACACAGCGCGGGAAGGAGCAAAAUUCCCCAUCAAGUGGACAGCUCCUGAGGCCAUCAACUUUGGCUCUUUCACCAUCAAGUCAGAUGUCUGGUCCUUUGGUAUCCUGCUGAUGGAAAUUGUCACCUAUGGCCGGAUCCCUUAUCCAGGCAUGUCAAACCCAGAGGUGAUCCGGGCACUAGAACAUGGAUACCGUAUGCCUCGACCAGAGAACUGUCCAGAAGAGCUCUAUAAUAUCAUGAUCCGCUGCUGGAAGAACCGCCCAGAGGAGCGGCCCACCUUCGAAUACAUCCAGAGUGUGCUGGAUGACUUCUACACGGCCACGGAGAGCCAGUAUCAGCAGCAGCCUUGAUGAGCAGGGCAGGAGCAGUGCCUGUGACGUGCUGAGCCUGCUGGCCCCACUCCCAGACACCACACACACUCCAGCCAAAGAUUCUCCAGCUGCUGAGUGCGUGGGGUGGACCUCACACCCUCUUUUUGACUCUUGUCAUCUGCAGUCUGCCAUUCUCAGGUCCCCUAACUUGGUGUUUCUCAUUUGCCUGGGAUGACUGAAUUCAACCUAUAGCUGUGGUUUAAGCGGGGAAACUGUUAAAAUAGUAUUUAA